AUGGCGGCCCUGGUAGCCCCGGUGGCUCUCAGUGGCUGGGCGGCUGGGCGGCUGGUCCUCUGGGGGCCUGGGCAUCUGCUUUCUCACUACUGGAAUAGUGGAAAUGCGCCAAAGGGCCCGGCGAGAGAACCCCACACCACAACGCCACGACGCCAUGGGCUUCUCGAGGCCUCAUUUACGGGUGGAUCGGUUCGGAGGACCUCGUACGAAGGGGUAAUCGUCAACCGACGGGGACAAGUAUCGUCAACGGUCAGACAAUCCUGCAAUAAAAAUCAACACAGGCGUAGAGGCUCUAGUCGAGACGGGUGGACACAGAACCGUACAGAACCCCAUACGGCAAAAGACUCCACCGGCUUAGAUACACGUGCGCUGUGA